AUGAUAAAUCAGAUUCAGGAAGACGUCAACAAGUUGGUUUCCAUCCCUCCGUACCUUUCUCUGUACCUUAUCGCAGGGAAAAGUGCGAAAGAGUCAAAUGGCGGGUCCCCUCGCAUUCGGACAUUUACGGUAGGCUUAGCGGCCAGACCUCUGUGCCCGGCCCCGCCCCCGGCGGAUGCGCGCGUGCGCGGGAAUCUGAGCUCCUCCAGAGCCAGACCGCGCGGGCCGGCGCCGGGCGUGGGUGGCGCGUUGGGCGGUUGGAUGGCACUGGGAGGAGCGCAGCGGACCGCUGCUCUGGGCCUGACGCUGCAGCUGCUGCUCGGCUUCGUGCUGGGCCUGGAGGCAGCCCCGACCCGGUCCCGGGCCCAGACCAUAGGCUCACCCACAGGCUUCCAGUGCCGCAUCAGCGGCCACUAUGUGCCCCUCCUCUGGCAUUGCGAUGGUGAAGAGGACUGCCCUGAUGGCAGCGAUGAGGAGGAGUGCAAGAUAGAGCCGUGCACCCAGGAUGGGCAGUGCUCACCGCCCGAGGGCAGCCUUUGCUCUUGUGACAGCAUCGAUGACUGCCCCGAUGGCAUCGACAAGAUCCUUCUCAACUGUAGCCGCCAGCCCUGCCCGGCAGGGGAGCUCCACUGCCUGCUGGGCAGCACCUGUAUCCCACAUACCUGGCUCUGUGAUGGCCACCCAGACUGUCCUGACUCCAGUGAUGAGCUUGGCUGUGGAACUGAGACCCUCCAGGAAGGCAUGUCUGUGACCCCUGUGACCCUGGAGAGUGUCACCUAUUUGACAGUCCAGUCUGGAAAUCGAAGUGCCUAUGGGGUUAUUGCAGCUGCUGUGGUGCUAAGUGCAGGUUUGGUUGCCGCCACUCUGCUUGUGUUGUCCCGGCUCCUGUACCCGCCAGGGCUGCUGGUGGUCAUGAAGGAGUCCCUGCUGCUGCCAGAGAGGAAGACCUCACCACUCUGAGGAUGAGCUCUUGCCAUCAUGUUGCUGGCGCCCUGAGUGUGGCAUCUGUGGGGACAUGCAUGUGGCUGCUGGCACACCAGGCCUCAGAUGUGGGUUCUUCUGACCAUAGUCCUGCAGACCUGAGUUCCUGUGGACUUGACCCUGGAGACUGGAUGUGCCUGACCCAGCCCCUGAAUGUGGAGAGCCUGGAUCGGAACAUGCCCCACCUGGGGUUGGCCCCAGGCCGCUCCAGGGUGGCCUGUGCAUAGACACUGCUCCUGCCCUGCCCCGUCAGAGGGUGGUGAUUAAAGUUAUUUUGCACCAUC